GUGCCGGGAGGACGGCAGGGCCGGCUGGUCGCGCCUUGGGGAACCCUCCGUGCACAGUCUAGUGCCCCCACCUGCUCUGUGUCUCCGGUGCCUCGCGCCCUGGCCUCUGGGACCGUGGCCUCUCGCUUGACGUGGGCCCUGAGACCCAGACCCCGAUGGGAAGAGCUUGCUGGGCCCGGGCGAGGCUCUGGGCACAUUCGGUGCAGAAAGUCAGGCUCUGCUUCCAAGCGGGGGCAUAGCUGAAGGAGGCUGGGGGCCCCGCUCCCUGGGGUCUGGCCUGCCCGUACCCUCGGAGCACCCCCGUCCCCAGCCCGCAGCUUGGACGAAGACUUGCCCUGUUCUGAGUUAGGGUUAGCCCCCUUCUGGGGCUCUGUCCCGGUCUUCCCCUCGGAAUGUCCCACGGAUCAGGCUGCUUCUCCCUGGCGGCGGCGUCGCCGGCGGUGUGGUGAACAGGAGUGUGAAACCCCAGCUUUGCCUCAACACGCUGUGCCAGGGGCAGAUGCCGCCCCGCUGGCCCCGCCAGCUCCGGCCGACACCGCAGGGUGUGCCCUGCGCCCCCCUUCACUCCUGGAGCUCCAGUGAGCCGCUGAGCAGAGCCGUGCCGGGACCUCUGGGCCGAGGCCACCGGCCAGCCCCUGCCACCCACGCCCACGCUCUGCCCGCCUGCAGUCAGGCCUCGGCACUGUCGUCCGGCUCACAGGAAGGUGUGCUGCGGCCGGGGGACCCAUGGCCGAGGUGGGUGCAGGCGAGCCGGCCCCUGGCUUGGAGCUAGAGCAAGGGACGGAACGGGACGCCCUGCCUUCCGACACCGUCUCCCUCAGCGACUCGGACUCCGACCUCAGCCUGCCCGGCGGUGCUGAGCUGGAGGCCUUGUCCCCCGGGAAGCCGCUGGAGGAGGCCCAGGGGGACUCGGACCCCGACGAGGCCCCCUCGCCGCCGAGGGGCCCGCCCGCGGCCGCAGUGCAGCCCUUCCACCUGCGGGGCAUGAGCAGCAGCUUCUCCCAGCGCAGCCACAGCAUCUUCGACCAGCUGGAGGGCGCGGCCGGGCGGGCCCCGGCCCCGGCGCUCCCCCCGGGCGGCCGCGGGGGCUUCAAGCGGCCCCUGGCGCCCUCGAGCCAGCCUCGAGCUAAGUGCCCGGGCAGAGCCGGGCAGACCCCCCCGGUCCCGCCGAGGGUGCCCCCUGUCCCCGACUAUGUGGCCCACCCUGAGCGCUGGACCAAGUACAGCCUGGAGGACGUGGCCGAGGCCAGCGAGCAGAGCAACCGGGCCGCCGCCCUGGACUUCCUGGGCCCCCAGAGCCUGGACGCCCCCGGCGACUACACGCCCUCCUUCAACCAGGACCCCUCCAGCUGCGGGGAGGGGAGGGUCGUCUUCACCAAACCAGCCCGAGCCGCCGAGGCCAGACCCGAGAGGAAGCAGGGCCUGAGGAAGGCGGGGGAGCCGGGCGGGGGCGGGGGCUCUGUGCAGCUGGCCCACCUGGCCGGGCCCGGGAGCCCGGGGGCCGAGGAGUCGGGCGGCCCCCACGGGGGCCCGCAGGAGGUGGGCCCGCCCAAGGAGGGCCUUCCCCACGGGGCGGCGGCGACGGUAUGCUUCCAGAGCAGCAGGAAGCGGAGCAGAGACCACUUCCGGAGCAAGAGCGGCAGCCCAGGGGCCGAGGCCUGACCGGAGGGACUGCCCGCCCGCUCGCGCAGGGGGCCGGUGGGCUGCCUCGGGCGGUGCCCGUGGCCCUGGCUGGGCUGCAGGCCGUGGUCUUCGGAGCCGAGACCUUGCCAGGGGGACAGUGGUGGCCCUGGCCCGCUGGACGCCCUUGGGGAACAGUAAAGGUUUUGGGCAUUCCUCA